AAGAAGAAACGCGCAGGACCUAGAACGAUUUUGGAUAUUGUUAAUAGAAUCAAAAACCCUCCCGCUUCGUACUGUUUCAACUUUCAAUUUUUGGAACCCUAGCUAGUACAUACUCCACACAUCGAGCAACCAUGAAGCUCGUCAGAUUUUUGAUGAAGUUGAACAACGAGACCGUCUCAAUUGAACUCAAGAACGGCACUGUUGUUCAUGGAACUAUUACAGGAGUGGAUGUUAGCAUGAACACACAUUUGAAGACAGUGAAACUGACACUGAAAGGGAAGAAUCCAGUUACUCUUGAUCAUCUAAGUGUUAGGGGUAACACCAUACGUUACUACAUCCUUCCCGACAGCUUAAAUCUGGAAACUUUGCUUGUUGAAGAGACUCCUAGAGUGAAGCCCAAGAAGCCUACUGCAGGGAGGCCUUUGGGCCGUGGUAGGGGAAGAGGACGUGGACGUGGUCGUGGUCGAGGCCGUUAAAUUAUUAUCUGUUAUUUUCUUAAUAUUUGGAAAAUCUGGAUAUCUAGACACUUGCUGUAAGGAACCUUCUGUUCGAAGCUUGGAUUAUGUAACAAACCAUUUGCAACAUCUCUUCUGAAUUGCUAUGCUUAAAAGAGCUUGCAUAAUGUGUGAGCCUUUUGAUGUGGCAUUUUUAUUUAAUCUC